AUGGUGUUUAAGGACCUCGACGGCCUCGUGCCACUGCCCGUGACGCUCGCACGGGAGCGCCAGUUGGCGCUCACCGACACGGCCGACCGCGUCGUGGCCGAAGCCCUGCGGUCGUACGAGCAGUACAUUGCCAACCACCGCCAAGUGGACGCGCGGCUGUGGAAACACGUCAAGUCGCGCGAAAAGGUGCACGUGUACCGCACGCGGCGCGCGGACGCGAAAAAGUCGCUCGAGCUCGUGCACGCGCGGCAAGUGAGUCGCCCGCGGCUGCUGUCGAACGAGACGAUCGAACGGCAACAGCGGCAGGCGCAUGCCGCGGGGCGCCCGCAUGGGUUCACGCCGGACGACGAGGACGCGUCGUUCCUCGAACGUUCGGCGGGCAAAGACGACAGUGGCACGUCGCGGUCGCACUCGUCGACGCACAGUUCGUCGAGCGACACGGGCGCGUUCUGCGUGUUCCCCGAAGAGAGUGUCCUCGAGAAGGUGAAACCGCCGCAGGUCCCCCUCGUGACGGCCAUUGGGACCAUUGAUGGCCACAUUGAAGACGUGGCUUUUGGGGCCCUGGCGCACACGGACGACGCGUGGUUCAAGCGCAACUCGUACGUCAAGAACGACGGCUUUGACGGGCGCAAAGUGCUGGCGUCGUUCCAGGCACCGACCGAAGAAGAUCCGUUCCGGUACGUGGGCAUCAAGUGGGCCACGCGGCCCAUCGCGGCCUUUGCUUCCCGGCGGGACCUCUUGUUCCUCGAGUCGUCGGGCAUUGCGCUCGACUCGGACGGCGAGCGCGUGUACUACAGUCUCGCGCACUCGGUCGAACUCGACGAGUGUCCGCUGCUGCCUGACUGGUGCAACGUCGUGCGCAUGAACUUGUCCGUGUGCUUUAUCAUGCGGCAAACGUCCGAGACGCAGAUUGAAGUGUACGCCCGCGGGUACGCCGACAUGGGCGGGAACUUGCCCGCCGUGGUGGGCUUGAGUGUCUUUUCGCAAGGCAUUGUCGACGUCGUGGGCAUUGUCGAGGCCUCGUACCUCAAGAAACUCGUGUAUCGCUUGUCGUGCCACCGGGCCGCGAACGUACCUGCAUCCGGUGCGACCGCUAAUGCCUGCAGCGUGUGUCACAAGAGCACCAAACGCUUUGGGAAGCUCAUCCAAACAGGUGGGACCUGUGCGAUCUGCCGACAGCUGAUCUGCCAGAAGUGCAGUGUGCAGAAGAAACUGCUGCUCGACGUGAAGGAAAACAUCCAGCGGCAACUCACGUUCUGUGUCUCGUGUGUCAUUACGACGCGCAAGUUGUCCGCGUGGGACGUGGCGGUCGCCCAGCUCCAGCUCGAACAGGGACAGCAGCAGCAGUAG